UAAACAAAAAAACAUGUUUCAUUGUGAUAUGAGAAUGAGAUAGAAUGAGCCACAAGCAGCUAAUCACAACGCAGUGUCCGUUAUCUCAGUACUGAAGCCUCUAAACCAUUAAACCACAAAGAAAAAAAAUGGCAGUCUCCUCCUGCUCUUUCACCUUGGUUUCUCCCUUUUUGUCCCACAAGUCAAAUGAUCUCCCUCGAAAUGCAGCAACUACACCUUCCAGCAGUGCAAUGGACACAACAACCUCCACUGUAGAAAGUAAGAAACAGCCUAUUCAGAAAAGAAGACCGUUACUGUUAGGUAUUGGAGCAUUGGUAGCAAAUUUACAACCAUCAAAAUUGCUCCUUGCUGAAGAAGUAGUGCCAGACAAAUAUCGUGCUUUUGUGGACUAUAUAGAUGGGUAUUCUUACGUAUAUCCUUCAGAUUGGAAGGAAUUUGACUUCAGGGCUCAUGAUUCUGCAUUCAAAGACAGAUAUCUACAGUUGCAAAAUGUGAGGGUGAGGUUCAUACCAACUGAGAAGAAAGAUAUAAGAGAUAUGGGUCCAUUGGAAGAGGUCGUAUCAUUUUUGGUCAAACAUAGAUAUGCAGCACCAAAUCAAAGACCAACAAUAUAUGACAUGCAGGAGAAAACGGUGGAUGGAAAACAUUACUAUUCAUUUGAAUAUGUGCUUACUUCUCCAAAUUACUCAAGUGCCUCAUUUGCAACAAUUGCUAUAGGAAACGGAAGGUACUACACGUUAAUUGUGGGAGCCAAUGAGAGGCGAUGGAAAAGAUAUCGAGAUCAGCUCAAAGUGGUGGCGGACUCCUUUCGUCUUCUUGACAUCUGAAAUGUCAUUGCACAAUUCGCCACCUGUUCUGAUUUUUCUACAGAUCAAGUUUAUAUCAAAAUUUUCUUCUCAUCUCAUUCAUAUGUUACAUGUGUAUAUAAACUCUUUUGAUCUCUCGAGAAUUUACAAUUUACAAAUGUGUCUUAAACAUA